AUGGUCAUUAAAUCAAAGAGAUCCAACAUUACCACUUCAAUUCCCGCAAUAAUGUUAUCAAAACCGUUACUAUCAUUAAAGAUCUUCCCAACUGAACUUUUAUUAAUCACUUUUCAAAACCUUGACAUACCAACAUUAUUAAAGAUCUGUAACGUGUGUAAGCGUUUCCUGCAAAUUGGUACAAUGGUUUUAUCAAAAAAAUUUAAAGAUCCAAGUAUUAGAUUGAUGUUAACUUUUGAACAAGAACAUAGAUGGAGGUUUAAUGUGCCAUUUGAAUUCAGCAAAUUUAAUGAGCAAAAUGGUAAUUUUAUUUUUAAACCAAUAAAAUCAAGGCAGCAGCAAUCGACCAUGAGAUUUAUUCACUCGUCUGUAGUUCGAAAUCCCGCGUUAUGUAAAGUUGCCAUAAAUGGUAUAAACUGUUCAAAUAAAAAUGAAAAAUUUGGCAGCGAUAACCGCGUUCCUUUUUCAUCAAAUGUAACAAAUCAUAACAAUCACUUGACAACUUUACCACAAAUUCCUGUUUCAAAUCCUUCUCUCACAUCCCCUUCCCCCCUUCCUCCUAAUAAAUCACAAAAACUUGAAGAAAAUUUCUUACAAAAAUCUUUACCUCUUGGAAUAAAAUCACAUAAAGAUGAUUUAAAAAAGACUCAACAUGUUUAUCGUAUGGGUCAUGGCACCACUCACCUGAGAAUCCCUUAUACAUUUACAUAUUCGGUAUCCGACAGACCUCCACCUUCAAUGCAAAAAACUCGCGGUGGUGAACGUUGGUUGACUCCACUUUCUUUUGAAUGUUCUCCAAGCUUUUUUUACCCACAUGAACCAGCCGCCCAUAAAUUAAUUAUGACUAUCAUCCAUUUAAGAAAAAAGAAUUCACAUAAGAAAAAAUCAUUAUCCUCAUCACAAAAUCCAACAAAUAAUAAUUAUAAGCAAAAACAAAAGGUGAUUGGUACUGAAAUAGAAGAAGGAUUCAUCUCAAUCGAUAUUGACACAGGUGGUCAUGAGAUUCUAAACCCCAAAGCUUACAAGCUGUUAUUUGAAAAACAAAUGAAUCUACAAGAUAAAUUGAAACCUUCAAGGCGUUGGGUUCGUGGUGCCAGACAUUAA